UGGGGAGGGAGGCCGAGAUUCCUAAAGUAGCUGGUGGGGUUGAAGAAGGCGCCAGUCGCUAGGUGAAGACUUAAAAAUAGAGAGGUGUUCUGGGGAAGCUGCCAGCUGAGAGAUAAGGGACUUAGGGCUCGAGAAGCAGGAGAGACUGUGAUUUAGUUUGGUUUGCAGAAAUAGGUGAUUGCUUUCCUCUUUUUAAGGACCAGAUGCAGAGAUUUCAAUCUCAGGUCUCUGGUGGCCCAGGGAUUGCAGGGUCUGGAUGCGCAUAGGGGAAUAUUGGCCUUCUCAAUACUGAGCUGAGAAGAGAGAGACAGAGCCACUUGUGGCGCGGGAGGGGGCCCCUGGUGGCACAGGUAGAUGCCCUCGAAGCAGGCCCAGUAUGGGGGCCUGAAGGGACCCCUCGGCUGCGAAGCCAGAGAAGUUCUCGGCCAGCACCCGCGGCACUCGGAGCCUAUUCUCAAAGGAAAAAUUCCCCAAACCUACCCAGACUAAAGGUCUUUUUCUCCUGUAGUCUUGGCGGGGUAUAAAUCAUCCCUUAGACAGUUCUCUCUGACCCAAAUUAUGCGGUUUGCUGCCAUCUACCGUCCGUUUGGAGACAUGCGGCUUCGGCGCCGCAAGCCCAGCGACGCUGCCUGAACCCGGACCCACGCCCCGAGCCCCCAGCCGCUCAGGUUCGGCGGGAUUCUGGGGACUUUCGGCCCAGAUUAUCACCUUCCGCUGGAUCUUGGUUCCAGCUUGCCCACAUGUGGAUUGGAGAACGAGGAUCCCUCUCUAUUGUCAGGCCCAUCCCAGCUCCAAACCUGGCGGCUGACUGGGGGAAGCGGCUUUUUCCUAGGGCAUAUUUUAAAAGGACUAAUAUUGCAUUUGGCGGGCACGAGGCCCUGAAUCAAAGGGUUGGGGGAUCAGAGUCGAGAGCCCUCUCCCCGACGUCCCCGCCAAACUCAAGAGGGGAUCACCAGGGCCGCUAGGGAGAUCCAUCCGAGGCCAAGGCUGUUCAAGGUUUAUUUGGUUUUCUUUUCGGCCAAGGGAGGGGUCCUGCAGGGGAGGCGCCGGCCCGGGCAGUUCCACUCGGUUGUCAAAAGACAAACCGAGUCUGUGUUCUCCGGGUUGACUGGUGGGUCUUGCCAGUUCCUUGGCCGGUUGAGUGUAUGGUGAAAGAACUGAACCGAGCUUUCUGGAAAUUGUUGGUGUCUGCAAGUGAGUGUGUGUCCCCUUCCCCAUUCCCGAUCAUUUCAAGCGAAAUCGACACAAACAUGCUUUGGGAAAAAGCAGGGAGUGGGGAUCAAUCAUUAAGGAAGCAAAGCAUUGUAAUUUCCGUUCCUGCCCGACUCCUCACACCCGCUGAAGCCGACUGCUUUCCCAGGAGGGGGUGGCGAGGGCGAGGGUACGCGCCGCUGCCGCCGAGUUUGAAUAUUGGCCCGUCUCACGGGUUACUGAUUAGCUCGGGCUUUCAAGCCGCAGGAGGAAGCUCUGGCCGCUCCUUUCAAGGUGCUGUGGCCCCAGUUCCUGGGAGGGGGGCUCCAGGAAAUUGCCUCUGGUGCCAGGCAGGCCUAGGUGUUACGGGGUCUGGAGCUGGAGGAGCUGCCGAAGUCGAGGGGCCCAGCGGUACUAGGGGCAAACGCGCGGUCUCUGAGGCCUGAGCCUCUGGCGCCUUUCGAGUCUGCGUCGCAGGAGCAGCCCUUUCAGCUCUUGAGCAGAGAGUGACUUUCUGGCGGCUGGAAGGCCCGGCCCGGUGCAGGAGCCCCCAAAGGAGUGCUCCUUGAAAGUCUUGAGCCCCUCGGAGGUUUUUCUUGCGGACAAUCGGAAGGACAGAUGGAGAGGGGAAGGCGGCUGUAGAGAGGGUUGAAACCUCUAAGGGCUCUUAGGGUGCCCAUGGGCCUGGGGAGAGGGAGCUGAGAGCCACUGCUCCCCCCUCCAACAGAGAAGAUGCCAUUCAUUUGCAUAAUGGAAAUGUAUUUGUACCUUGCUUUGGAGGAGCCAAUUUUAAGGCAGUGUUCCCUGUAAACUGCUCUCAAAGAUUGGGAGAGGCCACACUGCUCCUCUGGGAAUCUAUAUGUUCCCCAAAUCCAGAGAACCAUAGAAUCCAGAGGAAGAAUUGGGUUGAGAUGUUUGAAUUCACCCCACCCCAAUCAGUUGAGAUUGGGGUGGGGGAAGUUGCCCACAACUCUUAAGAGCCGGGGGUGGGGGGAACUUUGCAGCUAAGAGGAAGUGGGAAGCCUGGACAAUGUCUCAAUACCCCUCCCCUCCAAACACCUACUGGCAAAUAUCCUCCCUGAGAUUACCCGUGCAGAAUUCUACUCUGGAGCUGAACACAACUUCAACAUUUACCGGGGAGCUGGAAUGUGUGUACGUCCACAGGACCACAGAUUCACAGCUCAGGGAAUUACAAUUAUAAAGUCCUGCCAAUGGGAUUUCUAUACAAUCCUUCUGUUGUGUACUCAAGACUUAGGACACAUUUACAUCCACCUCUCCGUACACACACCUCCUCCUUGAGCAAGGAGAGACACCCCAGACCAGCAGAUGGCUGUGCCCACUGUGUAUUUAUAUGUUCCCUCUUGGAGACAGACCGACGACGGUGGAUGCAACCACAGACAGAUUCAUAGAGAUCUGACUCCAGAAGUCAGGCAGCCUCUGGCCCAGCCCUGCCUGCCUGCUCUUUCUCCCAAACAAACGGAUCAGACGAAUAAACGCUCAUAAAUACCUCUGGGCUUAGAUAAGAGCGAUGAGGCGCUAUUUCCUUUCAUGCCCGACUCCAGGCGCCCAGGCCCUGCCUUUGCGGCUCCAUCUCACGACAGGCAACCUGCAGAGGUGAGGUUAAUUUGGGGCUAUGGCUCUAAGGAUAAGGCGAUUGUUUUCCUGCUUCUAUCAUAGGGGAAGUCUUCAUCUCUCACUGAAUCUUAUGUUAUCCAGGCUUCAUGGGAAAGCCCAUACCAAAGAGUCCUAGUUGGAGGACACUGUGACCAGAAAGGAGGGAGGGAGGGCUGAGGCCCAAGGCCCAGCCUCAAUAGCAAGGAUGAGGGAGGUAUACAAGGCACUCUCCCCACCUUGCUCCUCCAGCCCAAAUGUCCUCCAUUCCUUUCCAGGAGUGGGCCUAAUCACAGCUGGAUUUGAGCACUUAUGACUCUGCAUCAUCAGGAGGCUAGAGUUUAUUUUUUAAAUCUUGACAACCCCCUCCCCAAGAGGGGCUGGGAAGUGGUUGAUGGGACAACCAGGAAUAGCCACUUAACCAUGAAGGCACAGCCAAGAAGUUGUCCUAAGUUUAGGGAACCUUGUGAGCCACUUUGCAACAAUCAAGUUCCAUCCCUGGUCACUAACCUCAAUCCUUUACCACUUUUCCUAGUGUCUUGUGUCAUCUUCAGUAGGCAGAUUUGGCCCACAAAAAGGAGUCCAAAGAACAAGUCAGAGAAGGGUCAGCCUGGUCCCUUCAUGAUCAGGUUUUGUCCCACAUUCUGACCCAUUCCUGGCCCCAGGUCCAAAGCUUGUCAUCCUUUAUGCACAUUAGAAUGUUGAAAAUACACUGUGGUUCAGUCUUCCAGGCUGAUUCCAAUGCUCAUUUUCCUAAAAUAAGAGUCAGAGAUGUACACACACUCUCACACCAAAGCUUGUAGGCAGCAGGCUGGUGAUACAAAUAUGAGAGGUGGGAGGGAUUGUAGAGAUGCUGAGAGACAGAAGGGUAGUGAGCAUCUGGAGAGGGGAUACGGAAGGAUGGUGGUAAGCUGCCUGCUGCGGCCCCAGGAGGACCCAACCCUCCCCUUUAUAAAAUGAAACAAAAACCGUCUUGAGAAAGAAUUAAUUAAAAAAGAACUGCCAGCUUCUGGAGAGACCUGGAAAAGGAGCGAUGGCUCCUCUCUUCCCAGUGGUUUCUGAUUGUCUCCAAAAGCAGGAGGGUUUGAGGACCUGAAACUGCAGGAGGAACAAUUUUCUUCCCUGUGCUGAGACACCUUGAUACCUAAGAAUUUGUAGCCCAGGAUAUUCUAAUGUCUUUUGGGGUAGGAAGUUGGGUGGAGGGAGGGUUGCAGGCAGGACAGGGAUCAGACAAACUUCUCACCCCUCCUCUCCCUAUCCCCCUCUUCCCAGUGCCCCUUCCUGUGCCAAGAGCAAGCAGUACAUACUAGGACCAGGCAAGAUAUCUUGGGCAGCAGCAGCGGUAGCCUUCCAAGAAGCUCUGAGCCUAGCUGCACAGCAAAAGGGAGAAGCUUUUAGGCUCAGACCCUCCUCCCAAUUCCCAGUCUUCUGGGUCCUCUGGCCUGCCUCUCAGACUACAAGAGCUGUAGAGAAAUAGGAAUAAUAAGCCCAGGCUCGGGAGUAGAUCUGAGAAACAGGAAAAACGGUUUUCAAAACCUGGGAAGGAGAUGGUUUCUUCUUCUUUUGCUUCUCGAUUUCUGAAAGCGAUGCUAAUCAGCGGAGAACUCUUCUCUUCUCCUACCAACACAAAACCCGAGAAACCAGCCUUCUGCUUUAGUUCUCUUCUAGGGAGACUGAGAUUCGAGAUUCGGAGAUAUUUACCCACCUUCUCUUGAGGGAAUGGGGCUCAAGCAAGUCAGGGGUUAACUUUUCUGAAAACACAAUUAACUUUUUCCUAUUCUGCGUGGGGAGGGGAGGGAUAUAUUUAUUUAAUCACUGGAGGAUGGGGUGGUCUCAAUCCAAGUGCUCCCUCCUCCCUCAAAGGCACAGACGCCUCUUUCGCAGAUCCUACGUAGGUGGAACGGGACGCGUUGUGCUGUUGGGGAGAGAGAGAAAAAAAGCAGAAGGAGAAGAAGGAGGAAAAAAAGGUUGAUAGGCUUGUGCGCGGGUCCCUCGCGCGGGCUGCGCUCCUCCUGGGUGCUAUUUGACAAUUCCUGCCUCUGCCAUUGGUCAGUGUUGGAUCAGAUGGUUGUAUUUCCUUCUGGCCCUCACUGGCACCUCGCCAUCCCCCCUCAGCUAAAACCCAAUCUCAGAUAUACUACUAAUAGGCGCGGCGCUCGGACUAUAAAACACAACAAAUCAUAAACCCGGCGGAGCAGCAGCGGCCGCGCGCGCCUCCCCUCCCAAUGAGUUCCUAUUUCGUGAACUCCACCUUCCCCGUCACUCUGGCCAGCGGGCAGGAGUCCUUCCUGGGCCAGCUCCCGCUCUACUCGUCGGGCUAUGCGGACCCUCUGAGGCACUACCCCGCGCCCUACGGGCCCGGGCCCGGCCAGGACAAGGGCUUUGCUGCUUCCUCCUAUUACCCGCCGGCCGGCGGCGGCUACGGCCGGGCGGCGCCCUGCGACUACGGGCCGGCGCCGGCCUUCUACCGCGAGAAGGAGUCGGCCUGCGCGCUCUCGGGCGCCGACGAGCCGCCCCCGUUCCACCCGGAGCCGCGGAAGUCCGACUGCGCGCAGGACAAGAGCGUGUUCGGCGAGACCGAGGAGCAGAAGUGCUCCACCCCGGUCUACCCCUGGAUGCAGCGGAUGAAUUCAUGCAACAGUUCCUCCUUUGGGCCCAGCGGCCGGCGCGGCCGCCAGACCUACACGCGCUACCAGACGCUGGAGCUGGAAAAGGAGUUUCACUACAAUCGCUACCUGACGCGGCGGCGGCGCAUUGAGAUCGCGCACGCCCUGUGCCUGACGGAACGGCAGAUCAAGAUCUGGUUCCAGAACCGGCGCAUGAAGUGGAAAAAGGAGAGCAAACUGCUCAGCGCGUCUCAGCUCAGUGCCGAGGAGGAAGAAGAAAAACCGGCCGAAUGAAGGCGCUGGCAGGGGGCGGGGGGGACGCGAAGGGAGAGGCCUGCGGGGAACGGAGGGCAGCGGAGAGCUCCGGGGAAGGCUCUGCGGGCGGGGGAGCCUGGGGACCUGCUCUCCAGAGCGCGACAGGCGGGGCCCCGCGCUCUCCUGGACGCCCCCGCCCGCAGAGCGCUCGCUGGGCGCUGGGAGGCCGCGCUGCCUGAGCCCAGCCGGCACCCCAGCGCCGCCUCCACGCCCGCAGAACCGCCUCGGCCCGAACAGGCUCCCGCGGGAGAACUGAGGACCGGACUCACUUGAUGUUUCCUGGAAGCAGAGCAAAAUGCUCUUGUCCGUGUCGCGUCUCAUUUCGUCCAUGUCGCCCGUGCACGGUUCAAUGGUAGAUUCGCAGUCCCCUCAGCGGGGGCCUCGAAGACUCCCUGACCCCAGACCUCUCUCCCAGCCCCUCCCCAAAGCCACUGGAAGGAGCACAUACUACCUAGAAGUAAGAAGAGGAGCCUCAGAAGAAAACAAAGUUCUAUUUUAUUAAUUUUCUAUGUGUUGUGUUUGUAGUCGUGUCUUAGCUCUGGACGUGAAAUACUUCGGUAAUAAUAUUAAUAUUAAUAAUAAUAAUAAUAAAGACGUAAAACCUC